AUGUCUAAGCCCGUGGACCACGUCAAGCGGCCCAUGAACGCCUUCAUGGUGUGGUCGCGGGCCCAGCGACGGAAGAUGGCCCAGGAGAACCCCAAGAUGCACAAUUCGGAGAUCAGCAAGCGCCUGGGCGCGGAGUGGAAGCUGCUCACGGAGUCGGAGAAGCGGCCGUUCAUCGACGAGGCGAAGCGCCUGCGCGCCAUGCACAUGAAGGAGCACCCAGACUACAAGUACCGGCCACGGCGCAAGCCCAAGACGCUGCUCAAGAAGGACAAGUUCGCUUUCCCGGUGCCCUACGGCCUGGGCAGCGUGGCGGACGCCGAGCACCCGGCGCUCAAGGCGGGCGCGGGACUGCACGCGGGGGCGGGCGGCGGCCUGCCCGCGGCCGCCGGGGGGCACACGCACUCGCACCCCAGCCCGGGUAACCCGGGCUACAUGAUCCCGUGCAACUGCAGCGCGUGGCCCAGCCCCGGGCUGCAGCCGCCGCUCGCCUACAUCCUGCUGCCGGGCAUGGGCAAGCCUCAGCUGGACCCGUACCCCGCGGCCUACGCCGCUGCGCUAUGA